AUGUUGGCUGCGCGGAGAACUGCUAAGUACAGGAACCUGCGCUCAGUGUCUGGACAGCCGGGCGCGGUUGGUGCAACCGACCACAAACAAACACGGGCAAAGCGGGUCAAGUUGGCAAUCGAGGGCUCCCCCCAAGCCCGCCUCAACGCCAGCGCAUGUCCCCCAACGAGGCCAAAUACAACUGGUCUCUUCAUCCACUGCCCAGCCUGUCAGUGUAACGGUCACAGCCAGUGUGUCAACGAGAGCGUGUGUGAGAAGUGCGAGGACCUGACAACCGGCCGGCACUGCGAGAGCUGCAUCUCCGGCUUCUACGGAGACCCCACCAACGGGGGCAACUGCCAGCCCUGUAAGUGCAACGGCCACGCCAGCAUGUGCAACCCCAACAACGGGAAGUGCUUCUGCACCACCAAGGGCAUCAAAGGAGAUCGCUGCCACCUGUGUGAGGUUGAGAAUCGUUACCAAGGCAACCCCCUUAAAGGAACAUGUUACUGUAAGUGGAAUUCCAAUUAGUCCUCUCCCUUG